AUGGAGGGUGUAGAUCAAGUCAUCAACGAAAGUCAUGAUAUUAUAAAAACAAAAGUGAACAAAAAGGAGGAGAAUGAAAAUAAUGAGUCAGUUACAGACAGUCCAUCAGCUCUGGAAAGUAUGAUCACCGAGUUAGCAAUGGAGAGCAAGAAAGCUGGACUAACAAUGAAUAAAUCUAAGACAAAGAUUUUAACUAAUAGAAAACCUGAAGAUAUUACUAUAGAGAACGAAAAAAUUGAAUAUGUGAAAGAGUACAUAUACCUCGGACAAAUAGUGUCGUUUGAAGAUAGCACAGAAAAAGAAAUACAAAGAAGAAUAUCUACAUCAUGGAAAAAGUAUUGGGGACAUAAAGAAAUUAUGAAAAACGGCUCUAUUAAUAUUGGAAUAAAGAAAAAGAACCGGAUACAACUUGGUGGCUAUCCCACUUUGUUCUCUCAAGAAGAGAUCGAAAGUGGUAUACCGAGUCUCCCACAGGAAGCCGAUCUAACUGCCCACUACUCGGACGGCAGGAAAGUGAGUGACACGAUAAAAAAUACUUCGAAGGCGGUUUCAUUUUUUGAUGAACUGUUCGAUUCCUGCAACGGGGCCACACUUAAUAGCAAAGAAGCAGGUGGCAAAUCUUUGAAGAAGGCGGUACGAGCGUACAAUUACCGCAACAAUGAUCCCACUUGCCACAGCUUUAUAAACUUAUGGUUCUCAAUUAUUAAAUAUAAAAAAAUGUUCGAGCCUAAAGAAUAUAAGGAAGCAGAGACCACUAAUCCUCUUGACAACACAACGAUCGAAUGCGAUUUAGAGGGCAUGCAAGCACAAGUUCACCUUGUUUCAGUUCAAAGCGCAAAAUCUCGUUGGAAACAGCUACGGGACAGCCAUCGCGACGCCCUUAAGAGGCAGAAAACAAAAAAAAGCGGACAGUCUCCACGAAAAAUACGUGAAUGGAAGUAUCAAAAGAUCAUGGAAUACCUUUUGCCGUACAUGUCAAAUAGAGAGAGGGACUCAAGUUUGGAGAAUACUAUUCUAUCACAAAAAACAGAUGAUUCAAGUUCUCAAACUUCCAAUAAAAGCAACGAUGAUUUAAGUCUGCGAAGUGAAAUAGCGUCUCAAAAUUCCAAUAAAAGCAACGAUGAUUUAAGUCUGCGAACUAAAAUAGCGUCAACGUCCGAUGUUUCAUCCUCAUCAAAGAAGAAAAAAGAAGAUGAUUUAUCAUGCAUAUUGAAUAGACAUCUAGAAAAUCAGGAAAAUUUUCGAAAAGAAAGACAAGAAUUAAAAGAAUUCUUAAAACCAACGGAUCACGAUGAUAUUGAUUUGUUCUUUCUUUCAAUGGCAAAAACAUAUAAAAAACUACCUGAUUAUCUACAAGUUCCUUUAAAAAGGAAACUUUUUAAUAUUAUAUCCGAAACUGAGGAAUCUUACGUAAUGUCAUGGUAUAAUCCAAAUGGUGGUUAUAAUGGUGGUUAUUCUACUUGCUCUGGUAGCGAUACAAAUAACAUGAUAGGCCGGAUGGAAACACCGUCGUUACAACUGGAAUCUGAAUUGACUAAUAACGUGGUAGGCCAGAUGGAAACACCGUCGGAAUCUGAAGCUACUAGCAUGCUGCCAAAACCAACACCACUGGGAUCAGAAAAAAACCAUUUCCCGUGAAGAAUAUAAUUGAUUACAUCUUCUAUUAUAAUAAAUGAUUAUUUUUUGUACUAAUUACUACGAUUUAAUAAAAACAAACGA